AUGGAUAUCACAGGAUUCAUCGUGACGCACAGGGCGGAAGCCCUUUCAAUGGGCGACUACAACAAAUAUCGAGCGAUGUUGACACGACGAUUGCAUACCCUCAACAAACGACUGGGGAGAACGACGCCCAAGAACAAGAAAUUCUCCGGUAAAGUAGCUAUCACAUCUAGUGACAUAACUAAAGAUCAUGGGCUGACGAAGUCUACCGUCUACGCAAAGCAGCUGGCAUCCGCACUUGAGAACCAGCAGGAAUCAGGCGCUUCUCGAACCGACAUCUUAGAAGCUCACGCAUAUCUGGCCACAUUGAUGACGACGUGUUGGAUGGAGAGGCGACAAUGGGAGAACUGCUUGAAACAAGCAUCCCUGGCUCGAGUGUUGUAUGCUGCGCUGGAGAAGCAGGAUAAACAAGGAAAUAUCCAGGAAGUUAUUUCGGGAACGGUUGACCCGAGCAUACGCUACUCUGCGUACCAGCUUAAGAUACCUCGAUCAGUGCCUCUAAGCACGAUUGCAAAGAAGUAUUUCCCGGCAGACAGCCCCUUGAGGGGGAAAGUAGAAGCCAUUGACCCACAUUGUUUAAGUGAGGAUACGGCCGAGGGAGGGCCAGAUGCUGCUGCCGGAUCAGGAGACGGCCAGACUUUCCCACAAACCAUUACUUGGAGGUCAAGGACAGUGAAGAUUGAAGAUUCCGCGAUAUCACAGGCUCUGGCGUCUGCCGCUUCGGCAGAGGCUCAGCUGGUAGCUUGGAUUGCCAAGCAAGGUGGUCAAAAGGCGUCUUCCAAAGAAACAGCAGCAAACUAUGAUAAUGUGAUAAUUGCGAGCCAGGACGCUGUUGAUGCAACGAAGGCGGCAAUUGACGAGCUAACUAGUGAAGGGAUAGACCAAGGGGAUGCCCGGAUGCAGAGUCUACAGAUAACAAAGACGGCUGUCAACUACCGGCUCGUGGGAUGGCGAGUUGGUCGGAAUAGGGUGCUCUGUGGUGGUGCUGAUGGGCUGAGCUUCGCUCCUCCGGCGGCUGCUCGCCGAAAGGGCAAAGAAGAAGACGGAGCGGAAACUCCCAAGCAAGAAAGCCUGGGUAGACGAAUUGGUCGGCUUCGAGAACAUGUGGUGUUGUAUGAUUCUAUUUUGCAGAGUUUGGAGUCUGUCAAGGAGCUUCCCGGUGUUGCAGCCGAUGCAGCUUUUGUUCGAGAACUUGAAGCCAAACUCUCCUACUUCAAGUCAUUACGAUGUCUCGCAAUUGGAAGGUCUUAUGCAUUCAAGUCGGAGUCAAAAAACGCUCUUGCACUGUUCAUCCGCGCAGACGAACUUGUAUCCAAGGCUCUACCAUCGUGCAGCGAGGAAACUGAUGCAUCGAGCCACCCACUCGGCGUCGACGUCACUCGAUCCCAGGCGGAAGAGCUGCAUGUCCAGCUUGAGCAUCUUGUCUGGCAGUACCGUGGCAUAGUGGAGAUCGAGAAACUGGCCGCCGAGUCUGACCAACGAGACCCGGCAACGCUGCCCCCGGUGGUGCGGCGGAUGCAAGAAUACCACCUUGACGGGGUAGAUCUCAGCAACCUUGUGGCCUAUCCACCGAGGCUGGAGCCCAUCCCCGUCAAACCCAUCUUCCUCGAUCUGGCGUGGAACUACAUCCAGUAUCCGAUGGAGAAGAAGAAGGGCAUCCUUCCUGAUACCGCAGGGGCCACCAGUGCGGUGGGAGCUGAGCCGGCUCCAUCUGCGGAGCCCAAGAAGGAGACCAAGAAGGGCUGGUUUGGAUUUGGUCGCUAG